ACAGCCACAGCCAGCCACAGCCUCAGAAAUCAGCUGCAAGUCGCAUCCCAGCAAAGCAGUGUUGACCAAAGUACACGACGGCCGUGAAUUUCGGUACGCGUGUUGUGGGGAGAUGCAGGGCACUACGGGGUGUGUGGAAAAUUCGGAACACGUCUUUACGCGAGAGAAGACGGACGUCACCGGCUUUAUGUGCUCGCCGUUCCCUCCACAGGAUGGCACUGACGCGGCCGGAAACGAGAACUCGCACCUACUGGGGCCCAGAGGCAGUCCCUUUUGUAUAGGUGGGGCAAGUGCAGAUGUACCUGAAAUUAGGACCGCUAGUGCCACCAGUCCUAUGCAGUCCGCUACUCAGGGCCGCAAGGUGUGGGCGCUGGACUGUGAGAUGUGCUACAACAGAGAUGGCCUCGAACUCACGCGCGUGACGAUAGUCGACGAGCACCAGACGCUGCUCAUGGACGAGCUGAUCAAGCCAUCACAACCGGUGAUUGACUACAACACCAGGUUCAGUGGCAUCCGGGCGGAAGACAUAGACAAGGCGACCAUGACCAUGGAUGAUGUACACAAAUACUUAAAAGAGAACAUCACCACUGAAACUGUGCUUAUAGGACACUCUCUGGACAGUGAUUUGCGGGCGUUGAAG